CGACCGGACGGCUCUAGGUGAGACAGAAGCCAAACAGGAGGAGGAAGUGGAGGGUAAGUGCUUCCGGGUCCUCUAGUGACGCCUCCGCCAUCUUUCCUUCGCCCAACUUGACCCGCUCUCUUUUCGCCUCUCGGAAACCGUGUGGUUUACGCAUGCGCCAUUGGACUGGCCUGUCCCCUAGUUCAGUCGCCCCGGCCCCGAGUCAGCGUCCUAUUCCUUGGUUGACGGGGGAGAGGGGGGUGUUUGUUGGGGUAUACGAUUGUGCAAAGUGACAGUGUAAAACAAAGCGAACUGGGGCGUUACUGCUACAUUGUGCCUCGUGAGCCUCCGUUGCCUCAGGCGUCCGUUUCGCGCAACCUGCUGGGAGUUGUAGUCCCGGACCCGGGGGUGCCUGGGAGGCGGGAGGGGGGUGGUUGGAGUUUCUCUGCGCCGUUUUCGCGGGAAGGGCCCAGGGGCCUCCCACUUCGAGUCGUGGGAGCUGCGGGUCUUACUGGGAGAGACGCUGCACGUGGAGCCCGCGCCGCUGCGCUUCUCAGCCGGCUCUGGAGCGCGGGCGGGGGCGACGGGGCCGAAUCCGGAGCGGGGCUGAACUUUUGAAAUACUUCAGCCAUGACGAAAAGAGAAGCAGAGGAGCUGAUAGAAAUCGAGAUUGAUGGAACAGAGAAAGCAGAGUGCACAGAAGAAAGUAUUGUAGAACAGACCUACACUCCAGCUGAAUGUGUAAGUCAGGCCAUAGACAUCAAUGAGCCAAUAGGCAAUUUAAAGAAACUACUAGAACCAAGACUACAGUGUUCUUUGGAUGCUCACGAAAUUUGCCUGCAAGAUAUCCAGCUGGAUCCAGAACGAAGUUUAUUUGACCAAGGAGUAAAGACAGAUGGAACUGUACAGCUUAGUGUACAGGUAAUUUCUUACCAAGGAAUUGAACCAAAGCUAAAUAUCCUGGAAAUUGUUAAACCUGCGGAAACGGUUGAAGUAGUUAUUGAUCCAGAUGCUCACCAUGCGGAAGCAGAAGCACAUCUUGUUGAGGAAGCUCAAGUGAUAACUCUUGAUGGCACAAAACACAUUACGACCAUUUCAGAUGAAACGUCAGAACAAGUGACCAGAUGGGCGGCUGCGCUGGAAGGUUAUAGGAAAGAGCAAGAGCGUCUUGGGAUACCCUAUGAUCCCAUACAGUGGUCCACAGACCAAGUCCUGCAUUGGGUGGUUUGGGUAAUGAAGGAAUUCAGCAUGACUGAUAUAGACCUCACUACACUGAAUAUUUCUGGAAGAGAACUCUGUAGUCUCAGCCAAGAAGAUUUUUUUCAGCGAGUUCCUCGGGGAGAAAUUCUCUGGAGUCAUCUGGAACUUCUUCGAAAAUAUGUAUUGGCAAGCCAAGAACAACAGAUGAAUGAGAUAGUUACAAUUGAUCAACCUGUGCAAAUUAUUCCAGCAUCAGUGCAGUCUGCUACACCAACUGCCAUUAAAGCUAUAAAUAGUAGUGCAAAGGCAGCUAAAGUACAAAGAGCUCCGAGGAUUUCAGGAGAAGAUAGAAGUUCGCCUGGAAACAGAACAGGAAAUAAUGGCCAGAUCCAACUGUGGCAGUUUUUGCUAGAACUUCUUACUGACAAGGAUGCUCGAGACUGCAUUUCUUGGGUUGGUGAUGAAGGAGAAUUUAAGCUAAAUCAGCCUGAACUGGUUGCACAGAAAUGGGGACAACGUAAAAACAAACCUACAAUGAACUAUGAGAAACUUAGUCGUGCAUUAAGGUAUUAUUACGAUGGGGACAUGAUUUGUAAAGUUCAAGGCAAGAGGUUUGUCUACAAGUUUGUCUGUGACUUGAAGACUCUUAUUGGAUACAGUGCAGCAGAAUUGAACCGUUUGGUCACAGAGUGUGAACAGAAGAAGCUCGCGAAGAUGCAGCUGCACGGAAUCGCCCAGCCGGUCACAGCAGUAGCCCUGGCUGCUGCGUCCCUGCAGACAGAAAAGGAUACCUGAACCCAGGACCUUCUGGGAGUCCAAGGUCUUUCUUAAAAUGUUAGAGCAAGCAUUGCUCUUCCCUUUAUUACUGAAUUUGAAUCUUCUUUUAUUUCUAGACUGUACAAUCUGAUGCAUGAUUUUUUUUAUAAAUAUUUCAUACUCUUGUGAAUUUGGAUCUUUUUACUUUGAGCAUAUAUUUUAGAAUAUGUGUAUGUUAAACAAUCACCACAAUGUCUUUAGGCUGGUUCAUUGUGGGAUAGUUUGUUAACAGUCAGAAAAGCUAAACUGGUCAGUAUUAAUGUCUAGCCCUACCAAAAAUAGCCAGUAGCAUCUGAGGAUGAAAAAUAAAUGAAGCAUCUCCAGGAAACAGUCUGGCUUAACUAUUAAUAUUUUUGAAAAUAUAACUGUUUCCCCUCUCUGCUGCUUUAGAUGUUGCUUUACAUAAAAACCAGAAAAUGGAAUUUUUCACAGCUGAAGCAUGUAUGCCUGUUUCAUCUAAUCAAGCAGAGCUAAAGUAAUCAUAUCCAAUAAAAUUAUAAUAUUAAUAAAAUUACUAAGAGUAUCAUGUUAUUAAAAUAAUUUAUGUAUUUGCAAGCAAAAGACAGUAAAAAAGACUGGCAGAAGAGCAGUGCUGAAGAAAGAGAUCCAGGUUUAAAUCUGGCUUUACUCAAAAGCCAAUUUUAAGGAUUUACUGUAUAGAUUAUUCAUAAUGUCAGGCCAAGAAUUUAAAUUAUUACAAGAGAGACAUUAAAUCCUAAUAAACCAACUAUUAAAAAAUUCUCAGAUGAUCUCUGUUUUUCCUGUCAGAGAUUUAAAAAUCUGAAAAAGUAUACCUCAACCAGAAAUAAAAUUUUGGUUUAGUUUGGUUUGUUAUGGCUCCCUUUUUUUAAAAAUUAAUUAUCCUAUAGUGCUCGUUUAUUAUACAAAAUAGCUUUCCUCAUCUUGUGUUUCUGAUGAAGACUUUAAAUCAGUCAGCAGUACUUGAUCUUUCAAGACAUGAGUAAAUUACUUGCAAAUAGUUCUAAAAGGAAAAUUUGACCUCCAAUACAGGCAGUCUUCUCUUAAAAUUUCCCAUUUAUUUAAUUUUUUCCUUUGAAUAUUACAUAUGUGAGUGUACAAAUAUCUGUAUACAUAUCCAGUUGGCCAUCUUUAUAUAUAUAUAUACACACACACACACACACAUAUAUAUGUACACACAUAUAAACAAAGACAUAAUAUUCAAAAGGUGAUAUUUCAAAACUCGCUUAGAAAUCCUUUAAAAAUUAAAUAAUUCUUACAUACAUGAAACUCUUUUCCUGCUACAAGCCAACACUGAACAGAAAUGGCUAGAAAUGUCUUUUUCUUACUUGCUUUGCUUGGUUUCCUUACUUUUUUUCUCUUUGCGUUUUAAAGUAUUAUGCACAAAUCAUGAUAUGAGAUACUUUAAUCUUCUUAUAGCAGAAGACUGAUUCUCAAAUAUUACUCUAUGUACCUUCUCCCUCAUCAUCUCCUUUAAGUCCAUCCCCUAAACAGCUUUAUAAGAGCUCAUUUAGUGCAUUUAACUAACUAGGAGGAAAGGGCCACAGUAAUGCAAGGAGCUAUUGUUGGCAGUUGCUGCCCCCCAGUACUAAAUAGUGGUUUGGAAAGAACCAUAGGAGGCAGGGAUCUUAGGAAGAGAGAGGAGGGGGAGGUGUGUACGACCUCCUUUUCUGAUAACUUCAGAUCAUAAUAUUAAGUGUUACACUGUGGGACUACAACAUGUUAUGUCAGUUCACUCAUAUUGUUUCAUGUCAAAGUCCUUUAAGAACAAGCAGUAGAAAGAAUAAAAUCUGUAAUUUCCAUUUUUACCUUUUUAUAAACACAGAAUGGACUGACAAACUAUUAGUUCAGCUUGGAUGCUGUGAUUGCAAGAAUAUCAGAGUAGAAUAGCAAUAUGAUACAGAUGUUCUAGUUCAGAUGACAGGUAGCUGAAAAGAGGAUUUUUCACCAUCCUCUUAUGGCCUGGGAAGUUGACAAGUCAGUUACAGUUUUAAAAUAAUAAUGAUAAAGUCUACUUUUCUGUUAUAUUAUCAAGAGCUUAAAAUUAUUGACUUUUGACUUAAAAUACUUUGAGGGAGACAUUAUGUUAAAGUUUUAGCCAAGUUGACAGAUUUCCGUUAUAUAUAUCUCCGCUAUGUGUGUGUGUAUUUUAAGGCAAGGAAUUCUCCUAGAUCUCUAAAAAUCAGUCUAUUAUUUCUUUUUUAUUUUUUCCCCUGUGUUCCUCAGAUACCUUAAAAAAAAUUCUUUUCACUUUCUUCCUUUUGCAGUUUUUCUUUUAUUCCUUGUUAUCAUUUGAACAAUCAGUUCUCAAACACAAUCUGAUGCUGUUUCUUGUUUCUUCUUUGGCUCUCUCCAUCACUUUAUGCACCAUAAGCAAUGAGACUAAUAUUCCCAGUUGAUUCAAGAAACUUCCGUUACUUUGUCUCAGCUUAUAAACUGUCUGUUGUGCUUAUUGAGGUUGCAGUUAUCAGAAGCCAAGUAGUCUUGUCUUUUAUUGAAAGAUAACUUGUAGUUUGGAAGAAAAUAUAACUUAUGCUAUUCAUUCUUUGCUCUGAUUUUAUGGAUAAAUAAAUCUUUCAGAGGAUGAAAGAUAAAAUUAUUGGUUAUUUCUAUACCAUUUAAGUAUAAAAAUAAUGAAACCUUCAUUUUUGUUGUAAAACUUUUUCCACAUGAGAUUCUCAUUGAGCCAAUUUUUAUACGUAUCUUGCUAGCCUGAAGUUUAGGAAUUUGUGUUGGCAUCAGAAAAUCAAACAGAUCAGGGAAAAUUGCUGUGUGGUUGAUUGCCACAUGCAAUGACUCAUCACAUUUAUUUUUGUGACAGUCCAUGUCAGUUAAUUAGGAAAGAUUGUUUUUUUGCCCCUGAUAAAUGGUGAAAUUCAAGUAUGAUAUUUCUCUAAAGGGUUGUGCCUCCAAAUAUUUUUGGUGAGGUCUGCUGUUUUUCAUAUUCAUCAUUUUAUGCUACUGCCUUUUAAAAAGAACUAAUGUAUCUUUGAAAUAGCACAAAAAUGUUUUAAAUUUCAUAAUUUCAAAAUAACCUGUGACUAACUUAAUGUCUUCAUAUCUAGAGGGUAUAAAAAUAUUGAUAUUUCAGUAAUAUUUCACUCGCUGCCAGGAAAAAAUAUUCUCAAUCUUUUGUAAGAGGGAGGAAGAUUUUUGCAUACAUUUUUACUCUUUAAAUAAAGACACUUAUACUGUCAUAAUAACAA